UCGCCGCGACGCCAAUUCAUCCCUAUGGCCAAAUGGUAACGAACACCGCGGCCGCCGAGACGGGAACCUUUGUACAGCACAUUAUCAUUUCGAAUCCCCGUCCCUUUGGCGCCACGUGAGUGUGAUCAUCGACCCACAACAAAGGACAGCACAGAUCGUUGCUGGAGACACGAACAAAAUGGAGAAAAUAUGCGACAAGGAAAAGAGAGUGGAGAGGAUGCCCGUAGACGAAAUGACAUCCAAGGACUAUUACUUUGACUCAUAUGCCCAUUUUGGUAUUCAUGAGGAAAUGUUGAAGGAUGAAGUCCGGACACUCACAUAUCGUAAUGCAAUGUACCACAACAGACAUUUGUUCAAGGGCAAGACUGUCCUUGACGUUGGAUGUGGGACGGGCAUCCUCUCCAUGUUUGCCGCCAAGGCCGGUGCAGCUCGUGUUAUUGGCAUUGAAAUGUCAAACAUUGUGGAACAUGCAAAGAAAAUCAUUACUGCCAACAAUUUAGAUAAGGUUGUGGAGAUCAUCCAGGGCAAAGUGGAGGAGGUCACCUUGCCAGUUGAGAAGGUGGACAUCAUCAUCAGUGAGUGGAUGGGCUACUGUCUGUUCUACGAGUCCAUGUUGGAGACUGUCUUGUAUGCCAGGGACAAGUGGCUUGCCCCUGAAGGCAUGUUGUUCCCAGACCGAGCUACACUCUUUGUGGCAGGAAUUGAGGAUCGCCAGUACAAGGAUGACAAAAUCAACUGGUGGGACAGCGUGUACGGGUUUGACAUGUCGUGCAUCAGGGAAGUGGCCAUGACGGAACCUCUGGUAGAUGUAGUGGAGGCAAAGCAGGUGGUGACUAACUCAUGUUUAGUGAAAGAAGUCGACUUGUAUACAGUGAAGAAGGAAGACCUUGCCUUCAGUGCUCCAUUCCAUUUACAGGUGCUGAGGAAUGACUAUGUUCAUGCCCUAAUCACAUACUUCAAUAUAGAAUUCACAAAAUGUCACAAGAGAACUGGCUUUUCAACUGCUCCUGAAGCCAGGUAUACCCACUGGAAGCAGACGGUAUUUUACUUUGACGACUACUUGACUGUGAAGCACGGGGAGGAAAUCUUCGGCACCUUCACCAUGAAGCCCAACGAGCGCAACAACCGUGACUUGGACUUCCACAUUGACAUGGAGUUCCACGGAGAGUUAUCAGACUGCCAAGAAUCUCACAAAUACAAGAUGCGUUAAUUUUCAGGAUGUGAGUCCUGCAACGUCCGUCAGAGAAAUUUUUGAGGUAUUGACAGAAGAUGACUUAAGACUUAACUUUUCUUUGCCAGUAUUUCAUUUGGUUACUGCAGAUUAUUAUUUUAUUAGCUUAUCUAUUACAUAUAAAUUUAUCCUUGUGUUUUGAAUGUUUUCAAUAUUUAGAGAAGAAAAAACUGUAAAGUCUGUGCACAGGAAAUGUGACAAGGUGCCAGAGGGCAAGUAGAUUUCUAUCAAGCUUGUCAUUAUGUGAGUGUCAUCUUCAUGUUGAAAAGUUUUGGGUCAUACAGAAAUUGUUAAAAGAUCAUAAAGUAAGGAAGGCUUUUUACUGUAGUAUUUUUAUUAUUUUUUUUAUUACAACCAUUAUUAUCAUUAUUAUUGUCAAUACCCUGCUCCUCCUCAUGGAUAUUGUUAUGCUGAUAUGAUUUAUUAUUUUUAUUUUUAUUUAUCAUAUAAAUACUUAUUCAUUUUUUUGCUUAACAAAAUCUUUCUGUCAGAACAGUCUAGCAUCUCUGGAUGUAGUUUUUCCAGUCUUCUCAUGAAAACCUGGGCCUCAUAAACACAAGGGGCACCAUCCAUGUCACCUCCCAUGUUCCAGCCACCACCAGGGUGGACCUUCAGGCACAGCCACAGCAUGAAGCACAACCCAAGGAUCUUGUAAAAGAAAAAAAGUUCUGUGGAUUGAUUCAGUGCUUACUAAGCCCAACUACCACCAGAAUCACUAUAAACUUCACCAAUAAUAUUUUCACUGAAGUUUGAUUUUCUUAUAUUGCACAUCAACACUGUACUAUAUCAGUAGACCCAUUUCUUUGUGUGGUUUGCAUUUGUGUUGAUUUGUUCAGUGUUUACUGUGGCAAUACAUUUUUCUUCAAUUUAGUAAGUAUAAGAUGCUUUUUAUCACCAAUGUCUAACUUUUGUUCAGAAUUUCUAAAUACCAGAGUGUUUUAGCUAUAAAUAGACAAAAUUCACUUCAGGAUGCCCAGAUUGAAGGAGAGUACACUGAUACAUAGUUGAUGCAGUUUUGUGAGAGCUUGGCUUCCUCAAGAAAGCCACAAACAUACUGUCCGCUUAAACUAAAUGUUACAGUCAAGGGGUUAACAGGCAUGACACCAAAGAGGAUGUGUUUUUUCACUAGUCAUCUGUAAUUAAACUUUACCCUUGGAUGCAUGUGGCAUCAGUAUGCACCAACGAGGUUAAUUAAGUAUGACAUAGUGGUUGGCAAAGGGAAAUAAAGCUGCUAGUGUCAUGGGGAAGCAAUCAUAGGAUCUCAUUGUGCAGCUGAUCAUUGUUGGGGCACUGCCCAUGGCUACUACUGCCACACAGCUUCAGAUGAGGGGAGGGUGAGUUAGUUGAAGAAGAGGGAGACUACCUAUGUAUCAACCAUGAGGGACCAAGGCAGAUGUGGUGAAACUGCUCUCAACAAUGUGUAAAGACAGCCUUGGCUAACCCCAGUAUGACUAAUGCUGCUCCACAACAUAGGUUCCUUAGGGGCAACAUGGACAGCCCAAGAAGAUAAUUUGCUACGUUGCAAUCGAUAAAAAUUUGGGAGAUAAAAGCUGGCUGUAGUACCAGGAGGGUCACAACACAGUGUUUUGUCUCUGUGUAUCUUCCCUUCUGUGCAUGGGUUGUGCUCUUGUGAGAAUGAUCUGGAGGAAACUGUAUACAGAGAUGCAAGGCUCUUCUAUCAUGAAAGGGUCUCCUCUAACAGAAUUUAUUAGAUCAGUAAAGCUAAUAGAAUGUAAUGGGCUAAUAAUAUUGGAGUGUGAAAUCCUCAAUAUAAUCCAUCAUUGUCAUUUAUAAUUAUUAUUAUUAUUAUUAUUAUUAUUAUUAUUAUUAUUAUUAUUAUUAUUAUUAUGCUUUUUUACAUGGGAAAAUAAUUUGAUAACUAUUUCUACACAAGUGAAGAUUGGGUGAGGUUAUAUUAUUACUUUAAUAUUGUUCAUUAGUUAUUGUGAUACAUUUUUUCCAUUUUUUCCAUUCAAGUGUUUUGAUAUGCAUAUUAUAUGUAUAUAUUUUCCCCAUGAGUGCUGAGGAAAUCCUUCUUCCAGUGUGUUAUGGACAGUGAUGAAAAUUGAUGUGCAGUCUGACAUUCGUUGACAUUUUUUAAUGAUUCUUAUGGAUGAGCAAUAGACUCUGUCUCUCUAUUCCAUGUAUUGGAAAAAAUAUACGUGGUAGAUGAGCGUGGCAACCUAGCCUCUCCAGUGCCAGCAGACUGAGCAAAGACUCGUGUGUUGUGUGACUACUCCUCUGAGGCUGCGGUCAGUAUUUUUCUUGCAUGGACAUUGAUGAGUGAUAGUGCAGAUUUUCAGUGAAAUUAAAAGAAGAUGGCUGACUGUAAAUAGAUGGAAUUCAGUCAAGGUUUUAAAGUGGACAUUAUUCAUUGCUAAUGUUAUUCAAAGUUAUUAAUUUGUAUGAAACAUGUGACCACCACUGGUAUAUAAUGCUAACAAGAAGUCUACAACUGAAACUUCUUAAAGAAUUUUCUUCCAUCUCUAUCUCUAAUGUUCUGGCAAGAGCGUUUUGUAUCAGUCAUCAAUUGAGUAUGACUAGUUAAUGCUGUACUAUUGUUCUUCAUAAUAAACUUUAGUAUAACUCA